AGGGAAGAAGAGGGGAAGAGAUGUAAAAAAAUUAAUAAUUAAUCGGGAAUUGCUGUCUGGAGGAUUGGAAAAUGUUCCUUCUUAACGGGAUGUUUUGGUCGCAUCAUGCAAUAUAUAUUCAGUCGUAAAUCCAUCUGAGCUGUUUGCAGCUCGGGCCCGGAGUCACAAGAUCCCAGUCAAAGGACAGAAGGACUUCUUCCCCAAUGACUCAGAUGAGCAAAGAGAGCGGCUCGAACAGAGUUUAAAUGAACACUGGAGCCUAAUAUCAGAGGAGAGAGUGGAAAGGCUAGGAAGCAUCGUGAAGGCCUCAUGGAUUCCAAGUGAGCAGAUUGUGGAGCUUCAGUCUCCAGCUGGCAAGUUUUGGCAGACGAUGGGCUUUUCUGACAACGGCAAGCAGUGUCUCCUCCCUGAAGAGGCUCUCUACCUGAUGGAGUGUGGAAACCUGCAGGUGUUUUACCAGGACCUACCGCUGUCCAUCCAGGAUGGAUAUGAGAGGUUUCUGUCCUCCAACACAGUGAGCCUCCAACAAUAUCAGGUGUUUGGGCAUUUGAAGAGGCUUGGCUAUGUUGUGCACAGAUUCGAUCCCAGUUCAGAGCCGGCAUCCUAUGCGAGACAGCUCAACUUGCCUCAGUCACAUGACAGAGCGGGGAGACAGGUGAAGAGGAAACGCAGUACCAGCCCCACCCCCGCCCCGACAUCCAGUCAAACUGACACACAAGAUGCAUCUGAGAGAAUGGAGGAGGAUCAGUGCAGCCAUGACGGUGAGGAGGCUAAAAAGCUUCCUGAGCUGCACCCGACAACUUCUCCAGGGGCUGCAGAGGCCCAAACCGACGCCACAAGUUCACCCGAUCAAAGCGGGGUCAGGAACUGGUGGAUGACGGAUGUUGGCAGGAACUCAGGCAAUCAGGCCGAUCACCACGCUGCCUCAGGUUCCACGCGCUGGGACUUCAGCUCCAUCCUUUUCCCCGACCUGGGCUCCAGUGAGCGACUCUCCAGUCGCCUGGCCUCCCCAGACUCCUCUCUGCUGCCGGGGACUUUGGCCGUUGGAGACUGCGACAUUUCCCCCUGGAGGCGGAGAGUAAACCAACGAGAGGUAAAGAUGUCGUUAAAGGAGAGGGAAGAGGACAAGCAUCGGCGUCAGUGGGAUGUCAAUAGGGACAGAGAGGUUCGGCAGUGCAGAAACUGGGCAGAGUAUCGGGAUCUCUUGGCAAGGCGAGAGGGGAAGCGUAAAGGUCAACCGGCACACUUAUGGAACAGGGAAGUCACUCCUUUACAUGACCCAACACAACCAAUCUCCACUGGGGAGCUGCUGGAGAAAAUCAGUGUGAUCAAAUCCACUCACUUGCUCGACGGAGCCUCCAGAUUAAAAGGUUCAGAUGAGUGGAGGAUUUGUUUCAAUGUUUACCAGCCUGAUAUGGUGGCUGAUUUCAAGAAGAGCAACCCGGGGAAACCUUACUCCCGCAUGUGUGUUUGCAGUUUUGACGGUCCCGUGCCCGACCUGCAUGCGAUCAAGCUGCUGGCCUUCCAGAGUGGAGACGUCCCGGUGGUGUUUGCUGUGGUGGAUUACGGGGACAUCUCCUUUUAUACCUUUAAGGACUUCCAGCUGCCCACUGAUGUGUUUCCCUGAGACCUCACUGCUCCCGUAAGCAUCACUGUAUAUAAUCUAAUGCUGGAUGUAACAGUAUUAAAUAAAUCAUAAAAAAUACAAAGUUUAGUGCCAAUGUUUUGUUCCCUGGGUCAGAGCCUUGCUGUCCUUUUUAAUACGACCACAAACGGUGCCAAAAAUGGGAAA